AUGGUCACUUCUCUCGCCACGGUACUGUCGGGGUCGUUGCUGCUGCUAGGUAUUCUGCCUGGCGCGGCGGCAGAGCUCAAGGUCGAUUCCCACGACGCUAUCGUGGAGUCAUCGAAGUCGCUCGCAAAGGAUGUGAUGACUUUUUACACCGGCGAAGAGCCCGGCAAUAUUCCCGGUCUUCUCUCUUGGCCUCCGCCCAAUGGUGAUUAUUACUGGUACAUGGGUGCGAACUUCUUCGCUACAUAUCUUGACUACUGGCACUUGACUGGAGACGACUCUUACAAGGACGCCACCACCGAAGCGUUGCUCUUCCAAGUAGGCCCGAAUGACGACUACCUGCCCCCUAAUUGGACCGUUUCGAUGGGAAAUGAUGACCAGUGUUUUUGGGGCUCGGCCGCGCUACUGGCUGCUGAGUACGAGAUCCCAACUCCGGAGGGCGAGCCGCGGUGGAUCGAUAUCGCAAAGAAUGUUUGGCAGACUCAGGCGUCCCCGGACAGGCACGACGAUCAGUGCGGCGGUGGCCUUCGCUGGCAAAUCCUGCCAUCAAAUGCUGGGUAUGAGUGGAAAGCAACAAGCGCCAACGGAUGUUUCUUCAACAUGGGGGCCCGCCUCGCCAGGUUUACCGGCAAUUCAACGUUCGCUGACUACUCUGAGGAUACCUGGAACUGGCUGACUGGAGUCGGUUUUAUCGACGAGGAGACCUGGGCUGUGUAUGACGGUGCGCAUGUUGAUACCAACUGCACCGAUAUCAGCAAGUUCCAAUGGUCUCAAAACGCAGCGAUGCUCACCCAAGGCGCCGCAUUUAUGUAUAACUACACCAACGGCUCCGACAUCUGGCGCGAUCGUGCCGAGAAGCUCUCCAACGCUCUGCUGGAGACUUUCUUCCCAGACGGCGUCGCCUACGAGUCAGCCUGCGAAGGCAUCGAAAGUUGCACCACCGACAUGAUUUUCAUGAAGGGAUAUGUACACCGAUGGCUCGCCUCAGCGACACAGGUCGCCCCUUUCCUUGCGGAGAAAGUGCUCCCCGUCCUGCAGACCUCGGCAGAGGCCGCCGUGAAGCAGUGCGUUGAGAGUGACAACGGCACUGUCAGCCACAGCUGCGGCUUCUACUGGCGCAACCAGACGUUUGUCGACCCCGCCGAGACUGACGGCACCACCGGCGCCGGCGAGAACUUGGACGUGUUCGCUGCGGUUUCCAGCUUGCUCAUUGCUGAUGCCGCGGCGCCAGCCACUGACGCGGGCGCUGACAACUCCAGCGACUCCAGCGGAAAUGGCCAGGGCGGCUCGCCGAGUGGGACGUCGGACACGAGUUCGCCGAGUGGCACGGCUGGCUCGAACUCCGGAGCGGGACGGCUCGGCGCAGGCGUGACGAAGUCCCUGUUAGUUAGCGCGAUGGCAGCUUUGGCCUGGGUUCUCUGA